AUGGACCCUCAGCGUGUAAAGGAAGCCGGACCAAUAGCACCUAGUAGUGUUAAGGCAGCAAGAAAGAGUUUUGCCGUUACUAAUACUUACGUGAAAAAUGUCACUCCCCAAAAGGAAAUUGUUACUGUACAUACUAGCUCACCCAAUAUUGAACAUCGUUCAUUCCACACUGAACAAAAUCAAAUAUAUCAAGGGGAAGUGAACGUGCUUUCUAUCAUCGAUACAAAUAAGGACAUAAUGUGUUGCAAAUAUACCGAAGACACAAAAGAUAUCGCAACAGGUUUUAUAGAUGGAAUUAUCAGGUUGUUUGACUGCAAUACUGGAAAUUGCACGCACACACUAGUAGACGACGAAUGUCGUGCGUAUCCUGGCCCCGUCACAGCAAUCAAACAUAGACCCGUUAGCAAGGCACAUCCCAUCACGAACAUGCUAUUGUCAUCUUAUGUAAAUGGAUGCAUAAAGUGUUGGAAAUAUAAAUACGAUCAAUGUAUUUAUACAAUAAGAGAAAAACGUCAAACUUUGGGUAUUUGUUAUCAUCCACGGUUUACAAAGUUCGUGACGUAUGGAGAUGAUGCUAAACUAAAUAUGUAUGACGAAGAGGCUCAAACACAAGAACGAACUUUUUACUCCAGUGGGAGAAAAAAUAUAAUCGACGGUCAUACAUCGAGAAUAUUUGCAUGUGUUUUUAACCCUAAAUCUCAUCAUGAACUGAUAUCUGGAGGAUGGGACGAUACGGUGAUGUGCUGGGAUGAUAGGCAACCUUACGCAACAAAACAUUUUACAGGCAUACACAUGUGUGGCGAAGGAUUGGACUUCGAUAAACCAGGAAAGCAAAUACUCACGUGCUCGUGGCAAGAUAAAGACAUUAUUCAAAUUUGGGACUACGGCUCAUGUAAACUUAUAGAAACAAUUGUACCGGAUAACCACCAGUGCAAACUUUAUUGUGGGAAGUUAGUUCCGCAGACUAGUUUAGCUGUGUGUGGUGGUUCUGAUUCCAAUGUGCUGCGUGUGGUUGAUAUAAAUAUGAAAAUGGUAAGAAUUCUGAACUCGCUUUCCACCCACAUGGUCUAUAGAAAUUCUCAUGGGAGUAGGAUUGAAAAUCCUGGGGUAAAGCAGCCUUAG